CUUUCACCCAUUAUAGACCAUUAAAAGUUUAGUUUGUUCUGCAAACAUAGUUUGUUUAUAUCUGUUAAAGGAAAUUCCAAGGUGAAUGUUACUUAUAUAAGCCUGUUUCAAACAGGUUUCAUGUCACCGUCAGUGAUUGAAAGACGCACGCACGCACACACGUACACACACAUAGAUAGAUAGAUAGAUUGACAAAUGUCAAGUCAAGUAUAUAAAGAUUUCACUGUGAUACUCUACAGACGUCGAUGGUUCGCAUUGUUUAUAUUCUGUUUCUGUUCCUUUUCAAACGCUUAUCAAUGGAUUCAUUUGAAUAUUAUCUCUGAUCGAGUAUUAUUUUUCUGGGGUGCUUCUAUUCCUGGUUCAACAGAGGAUGUCCAUCAGAUUGCUGUUGACUGGUUGUCAAUGAUCUAUAUGCUCACAUAUAUCCCACUUAUCUUUCCAUCGACAUGGAUACUUGAUAAAUGGGGUCUACGAGUAACCAUGCUGGUCGCUACAGCAUUGAAUGCAGUCGGUGCAUGGGCUAAGUGUAUCGCUGGUGCAGUCACUUAUGAACCACGACCAAGCUUAGCCAAUCAAACUAUUCCAUGGGAUCAUAAACUUGGUUUUCCAAUACUUAUGAUUGGACAGACUAUUUGUGGGAUUGCUCAAUCAGGCAUUCUGGGGAUACCAGCACAUUUAGCAGCGACAUGGUUUGGAGAGAAUGAAGUUUCCACUGCAACGUCUUUCGGGGUUUUCGGAAAUCAGAUUGGUGUAGCAGUUGGCUUUUUAGUACCUCCACUUAUUGUACCGAUGCUGCCUUAUAUCACGGAUACAACAUCAGGCAAUCCAACCAGUAUACUUGAUCCAGCCGUUGAUGUUAUUCAAUUCUUCGCCAAUAUGAAAUAUUACACAAUGAUACUAUUAUAUUUCAGUGCUGCAUUAAAUACCCUACCAUUUCUCCUGGUGAUAUUUUUCUUUAAAGCAAAACCGCCUACAGAACCAAGUUUAGCUCAGUACAAGCGUUCAGCACGACCAGAUAAACAAAAAGCAAAACCAGAGGAUAAAUUUGACGUCUUUCAUUCGAAUGGUGGUUAUACAAAAUCACCUGAAGCCAACAAUCAUAUCUCAUUAUCACCUGGUCAGGAAACAACACCAACAAUAAAUGCUACUCCCGCUAAACCAUCUAACAAUGAUGAUACUGUUGCUGAUCAACUUACAGCGGAUAAUUUUGUUGUGCAUAUAUCUCUUAAUCAACAUGGUGAUAAAGUCUAUGCCGAUAAUAGUAAAGAUAAUCCUUCCUAUGAAUCUCUACGACAUUAUGGUAAAAAUGCUACAAUUCUAGCCGCUUUGAAACGUUUAUUCAGUAAUCUAGGAUUUGUAUUAUUAUUUUUAAGUUAUGGUAUAAUUACUGGUGUUUAUUAUGCAGUGGGCACAUUAUUAAACAAUAUCCUUUUGGAAUAUUUUACUGAUUCUAGUCUAUUUGGAUGGGCUGGUUUUACAAUGAUUGUUGCUGGUAUCUUUGGAUCAAUUUUAGGCGGUGUUAUAUUGGAUAGGACAAAAAAAUUCAAACUAGUAACCUGUGCUAUCUAUAUACUCAGUUUAAUAUGGAUGGCUGUUUUCACAGGAAUAUUGUAUCUACGUUCAAUGCCAUUGGUCUUUGUUUCCAUGUUCUUUUUAGGCUUUUUUAUGACAGGUUACCUGAGUUUAGGUUUUGAAUUAGCCGCAGAAUUAACCUAUCCGGAAAGUGAAGGUCUCUCUUCUGGUCUAUUGAACACAUCAGCACAGAUCUUUGGCCUUAUUUUAAUUCAUGUGGCAACUACACUGAGAACACAUCAUGGUGUUCUACCUGGCAAUCUAUUUCUUACUGCUUUAUUAGUACUUGGAUCAAUAAUGACAAUAUGCAUCAAGGAGAAUCUUCUUCGUCAACAAGCUCAUGAACGUACUACAGAACAACAAAAUAUGCGCAAAUACACGCACACACACACUAUCGAUGAGUAAACUGCUGACAACAGAGAUAUCAUAAAGAUCCUAACAUCGAUGAUUAUUUCACACUGUGACGAUGCAGCCUCAACUGAUUCAGAGAGAGAGAGUGCGUGUGAGUAGUACCCAGUCGAUCGUCAAUCUAUCUCCUUCUAUCUUUCUAUCUCCUAAGUGCUUUAUUGAAAGCUUAAUUUUAGUGUACAUUCAGAAUUCGGUGACUUUACAUUUUAAAUUGUACUCUUAGCUCUUUGAUUAAUUUAACGUGUUCGUGUGUGUGCGUGUGCGUGUGUGUAAAGUGCACAUUGAAUUGUCACAGUAUCAUAAACAACAAGAAUGUAUGUCUGUUCUACAAAAAUGUUUUACCUCUGGUCUGUAUUCCACUAUCAACAUCAUCAUCAUCCUCAUCACAAAAUACCCAGAAUGCCACACCACCUGCUGUUCAUUUUCUUUUCGAAUGAUUGGUUAUUACUACUACUUCUAUCACUAUUAAUACUACUGAUAAAGUAAAGAUUACGAUUAAUUAAUUAAUUAAUUGAUAUACCACCUCAUCAAGAUCUAAAAGAGAUAAAUAGAUGCAGCAAACACGAUUGCUCCAUCAUUUUUAAAUUUCUAAACUUAUUAGUUGACAUAUUUUUAUUCCGUUUUUUUCUUGGUUUUGUUUUGUUUCGUUUCAUCCUUGUUUUGUUUGAUUUUGUAGUGAGACAAUAUUUUUCAUUUCACUUUUUUACUAUCAAUCAAAUAUUCUUAUUUUCUAUAUGAUGACUUAGUUUUCUAUCUAACUUUUUUGUUUGAAAAAUACACACACACACACAUAUUGACCGCCGAAAAUAAACAAACAGAUUAUCAUGUUCACUGUUCAACAAUCUUCGUUUUUUCCUGUUGUCCCGUAUUGUGGUUGUUGUUGUCGUUCCCCACCCCCACCCCACCCCACCCUUCAUUUUGAUAAUACUGCUGUUGUGAUGAUCGCAUCAAGUCAAUCAAUCACUCUUACAAGAAUAUACAUAUAUAUAUAUAUAUAUAUAUAUGUAUCUGUUUUCUAUUGGUGGCUUUAAAAUCGACGAGUAGCGGGAAAUUUGAAUUUGGCGGGAAUUUGACAUUUUGUUGCGGGAAAUAUGAUUUGAAUCGCCAUUUCUUUCAUACUGUUUUUUUUAUAAUUUGACCAACACCAAAAUAGAUUGAUGUUUGUAUCUUAUUAACAUUUUUUUUAAAUACUUAGAGUAUUAUGCAUCCUGUUUUUUUUUUAUUUUCUGUACUCGAUAGAGAUUUUUGUUUUCGAUUAGAUAGAUAAUCGUUUUGUUUCUAUUCUUUGUUUUUUUCAAUUUUUCUGUUUGUUUGUUUGUUUAUUUUUUGUUUUGAUUUUUGAUUACAUGAUCACAGAGGAGAAUAAUUUUCUUUAUAAAACAAAUAGAUAGAGGAAGGACAUAAAUAAAUGUUACUAAUGAG